AUGGACUUCGCAUAUUACUUUCUCGCAGCUACCACUCGCCCUGCUACACAAGCCGGCUCGGAGGGGACGGGAUGGUGUGAAGAGUACACCUCUCACCCGGACCUGGCCGAGUAUGUUCGUAAGGAGUGCAAUUUCCCAACUGUGUUUGCUACACACACCCAGGGUCUUUCAGUUGAAAAGGCUGUUGCAAGCGCGAUUGGCAAGAACAAGCAACCCGAGACUACUAAAAGCGUGUCCUCAGGUGAUAAAGUCAAGGGAGACCUUGCGCUGUUAUUGCGCUCUCAAUUGGUAUUAGGUAUCGAAGCAAAAGGGUUUCCCCGCGGACCCGAUCCUGCUCAGUUAUUGCCAGAAAAAGGUUUCCCUGUUCGCCUCAUUCAAGAGGAUGGGUCCACUCUUCCACCCGAAGUCUUGAAACUGGGUUUCAAGGGUAUGAAUAGUAAGCGAUCACUAUGGCUUAACGAUGCACAAAACGGACUGUUCCGAUUCAAGAAGAUCUCUGCGGAUGAUGGCGAUGAUAGUCAACUCAACCAAGCCAAUGAAGACGAACCAGGCACACCCGCAGGGGAUGCAUAUUUAGAAGAAGAGGAGUGGAAAGGUUUGGACGAUGAGUGGAACGGAUUUUCCAACGCUGAAAGUGAUGAGACGUGA